AUGGCGGGGUGCAGAGCGGCGGCCGUACUGGAGGCAACCCUGCAGCUCGAGCGGGUACCAGCGAGCGGCUUGACCCCGGAGAAGAUGCUCAAGAUGCACCAGGGCCAUGAGGCCAUCCAAGCACGUGGAGAUGAUCUUGAUCUUCUCUGCUCUGAUCGCCAUCCAGUUGGUGCUGGUGCAGUGGCGACAGGCACAGCCAUUCCUACAACGACCUUGCCAUCCCUGCGGGAUGAGAGCAUACCCUCACAGUCUUUAGUCAGAAUUCCCUGGAUGGCUUUGGCCAACCAGAUCCAAGGCUCCACUGACAGAAUUUCUGAUUCAGUUGGAAACAAGUUCACAGUUGUACCUGAUGCAGACUUUUCUGAGACUACACUUGGAAAACCUCUGGUUUACAGCAAACAUGGCCUAAAUGCAGAGGCUGCCACGGAAGCUGGUCUUCUGUGGGAGACUCUCUUUAUUUCUCUGAUAGCUGGUGACCUUGCUGCAAAGUGGGUGGUCCCUUUGUACUUCACAAUAAAACUCUUCUGGUGACAGUUUCUAUCUAAGUGGGGAAUGUUCUCUGUUGUUACGAGUUACAUCCUCUUCAGAGCCACCCGGAAACCACUUUCAGGGCGAACAUCAAGAUAUAUAUUCCAAUUGGUCUACAAAUCUUUUCUUCCAAUCGACAAGAUCAGUUACACAUUUGGUGUAGUGGGUUAUUUUGUCAUCAUGUUCACAAUGUGUGGACUCAAUCUAAUAUUCAAAAUCAAAUCUAGGGAUUCCAUGGAUUUGGGGAUCGGAUCCUUGUUCUAUGGCCUUUAUUAUGGAAUAGUGGGGAGAGACUUAGCUGAGAUCUGCUCAGAUCAAAUGGCAUCUACUCUAGGAGUAGAUGGUGUUUUCUUUAGUGUCAGCAGGAUCGACACCAGGAGGCUAUCAGGUGACAUCUGUGCUAUUUGUAGGCAGAAGAUCUUUGUGGCACUUGACAAAGAAGAGUUCACUGAAAACACUUACCAGUUGUCAUGUAGCCACAUCUUUCAUGAAUUCUGCAGUCGAGGCUCGUGUAUCAUUGGGAAGAAACAGACUUGCCCGAUCUUAAGAAGGUGA